CAAACCAUAUUUAGUAGCCCCAGCAUGGACGGCAACGCUCCACCGCCGACCGGACCGUCCAAGCCAGCUAAAGACGCUUUCCGCAAGUUCUGGCACGGCCUACUCCUGCAAAAGUACGUCGACACGGACAGAGACCUGGUCGAGAUCCUACCGCACCUGUACCUUGGUUCGAUCGGAGCCGGCGCCAACUACGAGGCUCUAGUGCGACUGCGCAUCACGCACAUCCUCGUCGCGUCCGAGACCAUCGUGUUUCCGUUCGAAGACAAGCCCGAGGGCUUUGUGUACGAGCGCGUUGCCAUCGCCGAUGUCCCGAGCGCGAGCAUUGAGGCGCACUUUGCGGCCAGCAAUGCCUUCAUCGAGCGGACGACAACGAGUGGCGGCAAUGUCCUCGUGCACUGUUUUGCGGGCAAGUCGCGGUCCGUGACACUCAUCCUCGCUUACCUCAUGGCGCACUACGGCUACAGCCUCGGCGAUGCACUAGCCCACGUGCGCUCGCUGCGCCCACAAGCGCAACCCAACCAAGGUUUUAUGCGCCAGCUUGAGGCCUACGCUGAGCAACUGCGCGCUCAAUCGCCCGAGAAAGGCCAAGAAAUGUAAGGGAAAGUUGCCAGCGUUCCAGUCGCCAGCUCUUCGCGCUAUGGACACAAAAGGCGUAGUACGCCUCUAGUAGCUUAAGGCAUGAUGCAUUCAUUGUACACGUC